AUGCCUUAUAAUUGUUGCCCUGUGAUAACCCAGUUUUAUAGGGAAAUCAAGUACGAGGCCAGGUCAGCCGAUGAAUACGAAUUCGACGAGGUGAAAUCGUAUGAGGAAGUGACGUUGAUGCCACCAUCGGUCGAUCUGUACCGCCCCGUGGUGUUGAUUGGACCGCCGGGAAUCGGCCGGAACGAACUGAAACGACGCCUGAUUCUUUUCGAUUCUAAGAAGUUUGCGACGACCAUUCCAACCACAAGUCGCCCUCAAAGGCCCGGCGAAACAGAAGGUGUCGAGUACUACUUCCGGAGCAGACUACAGAUGGAGAAACUGAUCCGUGAGCGGCGCUUCAACAUAAUGGACCAGCAUCGGACGUGUAUACUCAAUCCUCACCCGCAGGCCGUGAGAGCUUUACGAACACCCGAACUGAAACCAUAUUUCAUAUUCGUCAAGCCUCCACCGUAUCCGACUUUGGAGGCGACCCGCAGCUGCGCCGAAGUACGGUCGACGUUCGACUCAGACUACAGUCGGGGGUUCACCUCUUCGGAGCUGCUGCAGAUGAUCGAAACGGGCAAUCGACUGGAAGCGACCUUUGGCCACUUCUUCGAUUAUGUGCUCAUCAACGGAAACCUGGAGUUUGCCUUCCGGGAACUCGUCGAAGCGAUAUCAUCAAUGCAAACUCAGCCGUGCUGGGUUCCGAAAGAUUGGGUCUCCUCUUGA